AUGUCUCUUUGCCCUAGAUUGGCCCGGACUGUGCUCCGUUGCAGCCGUCCAAACAUAUUAAACCCUUGCAUGUGCCAAUCUCUCCGAGUGACCCCUUUUAUUAAACCUACUGCUGCACACUUCCGAUCGCUGCAUAUUUCACCCAACCCACCUUCAAAACCAACCAACCUGGAACCGAGGGAGAAUCCCGCAUAUGAUCUAGCCCCUAACUCCGAUGUGAAUGUGGGCCAGAAGCGUCUCGCCGACUUCGACCUCAAGAGCAAGGUCUUCGUCGUGACAGGUGGCGCAAGGGGCUUGGGUCUUGCCCUUGCUGAAAGUCUCGUUGAAGCUGGAGGAAAAGUCUAUUGUCUGGAUCGCGAAUGCCAACCUGAUGCGCACUGGGCAGAAGCUAGGAAUCGAGUAAUUCCCGAGUGGGGAGGCUCGCUGCAUUACCGGCAACAGGAUGUUCUAGAUACGGCCCACCUGGACAAGACGAUAACGGAAAUUGCGGACGACAAUGGACGUCUCGACGGUGUCAUUGCUGCGGCUGGCGUCCAGCAGGUCACGCCGGCGGUUGAUUACGAGCCAGAGGAUGCUGCCAAGAUGCUCGCUAUCAAUUUUACGGGGGCGCUGAUGACGGCUACGUCCGCGGCGCGCCAGAUGAUGAAGUAUAAAUGCCGCGGCAGUAUAUGCUUGAUCGCGAGCAUGAGUGGUAGCGUAGCGAAUAAGGGGCUUCUGUCGUCCGUAUACAACUCGUCCAAGGCGGCGUUAAUCCAGUUAGCACGCAACCUAGCGAUGGAGUGGAGUCCGAUCAAUCAGAAGGAUGGCACGGGAGGAAUCCGCGUCAAUUGUAUCAGCCCGGGCCAUAUCCUGACACCUAUGGUGCGCGAGAACUUCGAGGAGGUUCCUGGCCUUAAAGAGAAGUGGGAAAGCGAAAAUAUGAUGGGCAGACUUGCUGAAACCACCGAAUUCAAGGGCGCUGCACUGUUUCUCCUAAGCAAUGCGAGUAGCUACAUGACAGGAACUAACCUCGUGAUAGACGGUGGGCAUACGUCUUGGUAG